AAGCCCAUGGGUUAGCAGUCUGAUCAAAGCCUAAUCAAAGCGUCGAUGAUUCCCAAGAACAAAAAGAAAAAAGAAAAAAAGAAUUAAUGAACAAACAAAAAAACACUUAAAAAGAGGAAAGAUCUGGCCACCACAAGGCUACGCUCGAUGAAUUAUUGAAUACAAUCGGAAAUAUUUGUGAAAGUAAAAUAAAAAUUAAAAAUCAAGAGGAUUAGUGGCUUAAUUGAAAUCUUUCUGUGUGCCCAAAAAAAAAAAAAUAUAUUGAAAUAUUUCUUAUACGACGUCGUUUUGAGAGUAGCAUCUUUUCGUUAAAAUUUAUGUGGGAGACUGAAACAAGACAGAGAAAAGAGAAUCUCCGAGGAAAACAAAAGUUGAUGGCGACAUCUAAGCUUCAAGCUCUCUGGAAUCACCCGGCAGGACCAAAGACGAUUCAUUUCUGGGCUCCAACAUUUAAAUGGGGUAUAAGCAUUGCUAACAUUGCAGAUUUCCAAAAACCUCCAGAAAAUAUUUCAUACCUUCAGCAAAUUGCUGUGACAUGCACUGGAAUGAUUUGGUGUCGUUGCAGCACUGUAAUUACUCCUAAAAACUGGAACCUGUUUAGUGUUAAUGUUGCUAUGGCAGCUACAGGGAUAUACCAACUUGCUCGCAAAAUAAAGUAUGAUUAUGUAUCUGAAGCUGAGGCUGCUGUUGAAAUUGAAUGAUGAUGAUGAUGAUGAAAAAGAUGAAACAUUUGAGAUGAUAAUGUUGUUCAUUAGUACUGUCUUGUUACUAGACCUCUCUUUUUCAGCAUAUGCCAAUGUUUUAUUUUUUUUGUUAGAUAGUGAUGGUACAUUUACAUGCUUGCUAAAGAUGUAUUAUUUGGGACGGGAAAAGGGCCUAUUUCCACC